GCUGCCCGCCGGGGUUGCGGGGCCCGGCGGAGGCGACCCUGGGGCCCGGGGAGCUCCCGGCGCGGGUGCGAGCCCCCACCCUCAGGGUGACCCCCGGGCCCCGCCGGGAGACCCGCCAGCCCCCCGGAGGAUGAAGGCGCUGGUCCGGUUGUUCCUGACUCUGGUGUGCGGGGUGGUGGUGGCUGUGCUCUACAUCCUGCUGUGCUCCGGUCCCGGCCCGCCGCCCCGCUGCCAGGCCCCGGGGGAACGGGGCAGCCCCACGGCACCCACGGUCCUCAGCCUCCAGGGGUACAGCCGCGUCCCCAACGGGAAGCCCCUGCAGCGAACACUGUGCCACCGCUGCGCCCUUGUCUCCAGCUCGGGGCAGAUGCUGGGCUCUCACCUGGGACAGGCCAUCGACGGGCAGGACUGUGUCCUGCGCAUGAACCACGCCCCCACCGCCGGCUACGAGGAGGAUGUGGGGGCACGGACCACCAUCCGGGUGGUCUCACACACCAGCGUCCCACUGCUGCUGAGGAACCAGCCCUACUUCUUCCAGCAGUCCCAGGAGAGCCUCUACAUCAUCUGGGGGCCAGCAAAGAAGAUGAACAGGGAGAAGGUGGGCUCGACCUACCAGGCACUGCUGAAAGUGAUGGAGAGGUACCCCCACCUGCAGAUCUACACCCUGACUGAGAAGAAGAUGAUGUAUUGCGAUGAUGUCUUCCAGAAUGAGACGGGGAAGAACAGGAUGAAGUCAGGCUCCUUCCUGAGCACGGGAUGGUUCACCAUGAUCCUGGCCAUGGAGCUCUGUGAGCAGAUCUAUGUCUUCGGGAUGGUCAGCGACAGCUACUGCAGGGAGCAGAACCACUUGAGUGUGCCCUACCACUAUUUUGAGAAGGGCAAGCUGGAUGAGUGUGGGAUGUACCUGCUGCACGAGCGAGUCCGCCGCGGCGGGCACCGCUUCAUCACCGAGAAAGCCAUCUUCUCCCGCUGGGCCAAGAGGAGGAACAUCACCUUCACCCACCCAUCCUGGGCAGCUGAGCCCGUGUGCUGGGGUCAAGGGAGGAGCAAGCUGCCUGGCACCUCGGGAUGCUGCCAGCUCAGCUUCCUGCAGAGCCCGCGGAGCUCUUUUUUGGGUCUCCCACAGCCCCACGCAGGGAAGGGCAUCACCAGCCACGGCGGAGCUAAAUUCUCUGGACAGGCCGCCGCUGCGGGGAUGCAGGUGGAGCCACCUUUUCGCCCCUCGAAAUCCCCCAGCGAGGGGCCCUGGGUCUUGGGGGAGGCGGCGGUAGCGGCAUCCCAGCAAUGUGGCCCUGCGCCCGGCAGCGGGUCAGGCUCCAGCGGCUGCUCCCGACACCGGCCGGCUGCGCUGCCGCCCCUAAACCAUCUCCUCAGCUCAUUCUCAUCGGUGCCCCCGGGGUUGGGACCGGCCAACCCCUCCCCAGCCCCCUCCGCAGGGGCAAACCCGGCGGGUACCGGUGCGGGCGGCACUAGGACCCCGCGGCUCUCCCUGGCGGCGCGCGGCUCCCGGGGCUCCGUGCGCGCGCGGCACCGGGCCCGGCGGCAUCGCGGAGCAUCGCGGAGCAUCGCGGAGCGCGAUGUGACCCCCGGCGUGCAGCCAUGGCCGUGCUGGCCGGAGGGGUCUGGCAGCCCCCCGCAGCCUGCGGGGUGGAGGAGGAGAUGACGGACCCCCCCCGCCCAUUGCUGCAGAUGAGAGCCCCCCGCCCAGGUCUGAGCAGCUUCAGCCCCUCUGGCAGGGGAUAAUCCCUCCUGGGAUCACAGCCCAACGUGGAGAUCUCCCUGGCCUGAGCCACACUCGGGUUUGGCUCCUUGGCCCUGCAGAGCUCACUCAGACUCUACCCGUGGCAUUUCCCUUUCCUGCAUCAGUGCUGGGGGCUUGUCCUCCCCUUGGAAGGGGGACUCGGGGGUCCAACUGGGUGCAGGGCUCUGCUCCAGCACGGCUGACCCAGGCUGCCCGGUGGGUCACCCCGUGGGGACCCUCUCCCAGAGCACGGUGGUGAGGGGCUGGCACUGGGGUGACUUUGUGCCUUGCAGGUGCUCGCAGGACGCUGGGGCUGGCGCAGAGACAUGAGUGGCAGCACGAGCCAGCGUGCCGCCGCCCUGGGGGUCCUCUUUGCCUUGAUCAUGUUGCUGAUCAUCUACAGCUCUGGCAGCGGGAGCGAGGUUUUCCCCUACAGCCGCCUGCGGGGCAGAGCCCGCCGGCCCCCUGACCUCAAGAAGUGGGGGGUGAAAAACGGGUACCUGCCCGUCUGCGGCAAUAAGACCCUGACUGCCCGCUGCCACCAGUGCGUCAUUGUCACCAGCUCCAGCCACCUCCUGGGCACCCGCCUGGGCACAACCAUUGAUGGGGCUGAGUGCACCAUCCGCAUGAAUGACGCUCCCACCACUGGCUACGACACUGAUGUGGGCAACAAGACCAGCUUCCGUGUGGUGGCCCACUCCAGCCUCUACCGCGUCCUCAAGCGGCCCCAGGAAUUUGUCAACAAGACCCCGGAGACCAUCUUCAUCUUCUGGGGGCCACCUGCCAAGAUGCAGAAGGGCCUCCUGAAGAUCAUCCAACGUGUCAGUGCCUCCUUCCCCAACAUGACAGCCUAUGUUGUCUCCCCUGGCCGCAUGAAGCAGUUUGAUGACCUGUUUCGGGGAGAGACAGGGAAGGACAGGGAGAAGUCGCGCUCAUGGCUCAGCACUGGCUGGUUCACCAUGGUGAUCGCGGUGGAGCUCUGCGACACCGUCCACGUCUACGGCAUGGUACCACCCAACUACUGCAGCCUCCGUCCCCCACCCCGCCGCCUGCCCUACCACUACUACGAGCCGAAGGGCCCCGAUGAGUGCACCACCUACGUCCACAACGAGCGGAGCCGCAAGGGCAACCACCAUCGCUUCAUCACCGAGAAGAGGGUCUUUGCCACCUGGGCUGGCCUCUACAACAUCACCUUCUCCCACCCCAGCUGGCCCUAGGGGCUGCCCACAGCCCUCCUCAGAACUGGGGGAGAUGAGGGUCUUCUCCAUCCCCCCCAAGGAGUGGGGACAAGCAGGUGCCUCCCCUGAGGCCACCGCCAUUGUGUGCAGUGGCUCCUCCUAGGGUUUUGAGCUGGUUUUUUUAGGGGGGCAAGUGGUGAAGGCAAGGUUUGGGGGUCCCCCCCCUAUGGGUGGGAGGUGUGGGGGUGUGGUCCUGCCUGAUCCAGGCAUCUUGCAUCCCCUGCAGAUGCACAAGGAUGCUGGGUCCCUCAGUUUGGUUUGGGGUCACAUCACUUCUGGGGCCACUGCAGAGACUGUUACCCCCCCCAUCCUCUGAGUGUGUGCCUCCCCUCUUUCUUGGGGCUCAGCCCCCUGUCAUCCCCAGCACCCCAAUCGCAGCCCAUGGGCAUCCUUCCCUCAGCAGAUCCCCCCCAGUUUUCAGUGGGACCCCAUGUGGGUGACACUGCUACCCUCAGUGUCCGAAACCACCCGUCUCUUCCUGAUGUCACUGCGCCCCACACUGCCAAAACCUUUUCUAACUGAGUGAUGGGAUUUUAGGGGGGCUUUCAGGGCUUUUUUUUUUUUCCCCUCCCUGCUUCUGGUGCCAGGGUUUGUAUUUGAAUUUCAUUUCAAGCUGAAGGAACAAGAUGCUCCUUAGCAGUAAUGAAGGGACCAGCAGCAGCCCGUGGCUGGGUCUCAUAAUUUAUUAAUUGCUUAUAAAGUAUUUAAAAGUGGGCACAUAGCAGGGGGGGGGGCAGCAGUGCCCCUUGGUGCCCUCCAGCCAUGAGGAAGGGGUGUAUUUUGUUAUUAAUUUCUCAUCAGUGGAGAGGCGGGUUUGGGGAAAAUAGCUAAAUACGGCGUGUUUGAGUGCUGAGCUCUGGUAGGACUCUGUGCCUCAGUUUCCCUCCAGCCAGUCCCCAUUGCAAGGUGGGCUCUGGGGGACUCAGUGCUGAGUGAAGCUGUGGGGCACCUGCAUUUUGUAAUGGUUUGUACAGGAAUAAAUAUUGCUGCAGUCUGUUGCCUUGG